GUAUCUGUGUUCAAUGAAAUAAGGUUAAUCAAGUUUUAAAAAAAAAUAAGUAUUUAAGCCAAAUUUUUUUUUUACAUUCUGUCAAACAUAUAAAAAAUUUAAAUAGUUUCUUUAACUUUUGGAAUCUGAGCAUUUGGUUGAUUAUCAUUAUAUUGUACAUAUACGAUGUAACUGUAAUACUUAUUUAAUUUUCUUUUUGAAUUUGAAACAUAAUUAGGCCAAUCUUGUACUUGUCAAAAACAAUGUAUGCAACAAUACAAAGGGAAAAAGAAAAAUGAAUCUCCUCUACAACGUCCAUUGGAGAAUAUAAAUGAAAUGUUAAACUGGAUUAAAAAGAAGAAACGUCGUUUGUUCGAAGAAAUUUAUACUAACCAAACAUCUUUAAGUGAUAUAAAAUCAAUGAACACUAAGAGUGAUACAUUCAAAGAUUUGUCAAAAGAAAGUAUUAGUUAUGUUGGACUUCCAAAUUCAUUUUAUAAUAGUACACUGAAAGUGUUAGAAGAAUAUGUGAGAGAUAAAAAACAAAAAAAGAGUAAAUCAAACAAUAAUAACAAUUGGAUUAAUAUGGAAUUGAUGAGAUACGUCUGUAAUUUAUCAAAAUUGUCGCCUAACGAAAUUGAUGAUCUUUCAAUGCCAUCAACCUCUGGUAUUCAACUAGAACAAAGUAUUUUGGAGAUAUCCAAAGCCAAUUUAGAGUUUCACAAAGACAUUUUAAAUUAUAUAUCAAAGUGCUUGGAUAGUAAUCUGAGCGACAUUAGUCAAGACCAGGCUUUAAGUUCACCUCAAUACAUCGGCCUGUUAGAUAAGCUAUAUAAGCUUGCCGAUUAUUACACAGAGAAGGCACAAGAAAUGCGGAACAUUUGCUUAGAGUCACCCAGAGUCGAAAUUAAUAGUUUGGAUGAAGGUUCCGUCGAACAAAUAACAGAAAACACUCCUAGAGACUGUAAGACUUCCAGUAGUUUAACUUCAGAGUUGUCUGUCGAUGGAGCAUAUGUUUUGGAACAUUUAAGUACACUAUUAGAACAAAGAGGGUUAAUUUGUACUGAUAGAGAAUGGCCUAUUUUUGGAAAAGAUGACGAAGACGACAGCAGAAGCUUAACGGAUCAGCUUCUGGAUAUUAAACCACAAAUUAAAUCCAAAGAUAUUAAAGCAGAACAUUCUGAAAAAGAGGAAUUCCAUACCUAAAUAGUAUCAUAAGAUAAUGAAGACUUAAAGUAUUUUUUCCCCACUUUAAAUUUACACUGUCCACUUGGCAAGAAAUUCCAGGAACUAGAAUAAUGCCUUGUUAAUUUAUUUUGUAUUUCAGCAUUCAAGUAGAAAAUGUCUUAAUACAAUACAAUACACAUUUAGAAUUAAUGUAUUUGAUAAAAUAACAUUUGAAGUAAAUAAAAACGGCUUA